CAAAAAUCAAGAUAUUUCACAUUCUACGUCUAUUAUUUGGCGAGCCUAAGUUAAACUCAAGUAUUCUUGAUUCAAGUUUGAAGGCCGGAGAAAGACACAACAAAUUCCUAUCAUUUGCUUAAAUUUCAUAUUCUAUAAAAUGGAUAAUCGGCAAUCAGUGAGUAACGAAGGAGAGGGAAGGGCAUCAUUGCCAAAAGAUACUCAAAAUGAACAACAAUUGGUUGUAUAUACUCCUAGUGGUCAAGAUGAACCGUCUACUUAUAAUGGCACUGGUAAGCAACUGAGGAGAGGGAGAGGAAGAACCCAAGCACAUUCUUGGAGUAGAGAUAACAUACUGAGCCCCGAAUCAGCAAUGGAAAUGCAUGAUGGAGCCAUCGUGGGUAGAGACGAGACAAUUGAUUCUCCCUCUUGGGUCGAGGGGAAUGACCAAAGGGAAUUGGCGAGUCCUACUCUGAGGAUUGGUAGUGUUCCUCCAUCCAAGAUAACACCGGAGAUGGUGGAGAUUCCUCCAGGGGACAUCGGGAGGAUUCUUGCAGCGGAUAUGAAGUUCGAGAGAAAAGUCUCUCUUGUACAUAUGAGCUUGGGGCUGCUUGACAGGGAUGAAGUGACCCAUAACUACCCAACACCACCGAUGGUCGAUCGGGUUGAGCCUGCGAGAGAUGUGCCGCAGCUGGAGGCGGCACCUGUAGUGACCGAAGAAACUCGAAAUAAUAUUGCUGCGAUGACCGAGCAUUUAUUUGGAGAUUCUGAAAUGGCCGAGAGGGAUCAUGAUCUUGACACGACAGGAUGUGAUGACCAACCCGAGAUGGACGAUGAUCUUCCCGUGACAUCGGGAUUUGACGAAAAGGUUGAUGAAGAGCUUGUAGCAGCUCAAAAUGAUAGAUGUGCCGACGAGAAUCAUAACCUGUCCUAUAUGGGCAGCCGAGGAUUAAUUUGUACGUCCUGUGGUCAUGUGGAGCUUGAUGCAUAUCAAGUUUUGAGCUCGAGGGUGGACAAGAUUUAUUUCGAUAGCUCUGAAGAGGAAGAUGAAGAAGGGACACAAAAUGAAAAUGAAAGGAAAGUGGCGGCGAAGAAAGGCAGCAUGCGCAAGAUGCAGCCUUCUGAGGAAGAAUUCGAAGAGAUUUUGGAGCAUUUAAGGAAUCAAGCUCAUACUCACGCUCAGGCUCGAAUUUUUGGUGAUGAGUGUUCAGUCCCUGAACUAGUCUACGACUCCAGCCAGGAUAAUUCUGACAGCGCCAGCUCCUCCAAUACGAUGGCUCCCCUUGAUGAAAUUGCCGACAUUAAUGUUGCUGGCAUUGGCAUUGGCAUUGGAGGCCAGGUUCGAUCUACAAGGAGGAUCAAUACGCACCUGUCCUCAAUUUAUGUUUUGGAUGGGCUGUCUGGCGACGAAGACUUCACUCUGAGGAAGAGGCGAAAAGUGAAAAAUGAGAAAAGAAGAGUGGACACUGCAGAGGCCGUGGAGGAGGAUGCCUCAGGGCAGCGCAAAAUCGCAACUCCAAAACGGAAGGGGAAGGCUGCAGUGAACUCUCCUCAGAGGAGGCUGUCGGAGAUGUGUGCAGACGACGAACACAGAUUGGAGCCAGCGGCGGGUGGAGUCUCAGUCUCAGUCUCCAAAGCUAAGCGUUCCAAAGCUCCGCAGACUAGCAGAAACAGCGGUGGUGCGGAUGACAUGCCAUAUUGGCUUCAGGAGAUGACCAAGUUCAUGACUGGGGCCAAGGCGAAGAAGACGAAGCCAAAACGAUUUGACAUCUCCAAGUUCUUACAAGAAUCCUUUCUUAGACCACCGUCUCGGACAAUGCAUACUGGCGAAGGGAGUGGGGCUGCAAAUGGAGCUGUUGACUACCCUGAUCUUCCGAAGAAGUUCAGGUUUGAAGACGAUGUCGUGCCACCGACACCGACAGAAGAGGAGCAGAGAGAAGCUGAGGUGGCGAUGGAGGUGGACGACCUUAUUGAUGAGUUGAACUUCAACUGCGCUGCGGAACAAGUGGGAACGAUUACCAGCUGUGAGGUCGUUCAUCUGGACGAGGAGGAAGACACUCAGGAGCGCAGGUGUGCUCGAGGGCUUCAUGUGCUGACAUUAGAAGACAACCAAGGACUAUAUUGUACCUACUGUCAGCAUGUGGCGAUUCAUCCGAGGGACGUAAUUCCUCCGUGGGCGAUCAAGGGUCACCGUGCCCCCGGAAAGAAGAAGAAGAAGCAGGACAAAGGGGAGGGUCUCGAUCUCAGCGCCGUUAGUCUCGCAGUUGCGGAUGCAGCUGAUGUAAGCAGCUGGAGUAGCGGCUCAGUUUGGAGCAUCACGGCUGGUGUGCGAGAAACUAUGUACCAACACCAGCAAGAAGGAUUUGAGUUCCUCUGGAAGAACUUGGCAGGUAGCACUGACAUUGCCGAGUUGAAGAACUCAAAUAUACCUGGAGUGGGCGGAUGCAUCAUUUCUCAUGCACCAGGGACUGGAAAGACACGUCUGACGAUUGUAUUCCUCGAGGCGUAUCUAAAGAUGUUUCCAAACUGCCUUCCCAUCAUCAUUGUCCCAGCCAACAUACUUGGUACCUGGGAAGCAGAGUUGAGAAGGUGGAACGCCGGGUUUAAUUUCCACAACCUCAACAAUCCGGCAUUCAUCGGCGACGAGAGGGCGGCUGCUGACCAUCUCUUUCCAGGAGUGAGGAUCACAUGUCGGGAUUUGGAGGCAAUCCGGAUGGUUAAAAUAUAUACUUGGAAGAGAGGGGGAGGUCUUUUGGGGAUUAGCUACAAUCUCUUCGAGAAGCUAACGGGGCACAAGGAGGUGGAAGCAAAUGCAGGCGAGGAGGAGGGGCAGAGAACAGUUGCUGAACACAACUUGGGAGUUCUGAGGUCGACACUUCGUGAGCUGCCUGGGCUCGCGAUUCUUGAUGAAGGCCAUACUCCUCGUAACAGCAGGAGUAAGCUUUGGGCUUCACUGGUUCAGCUCAAGACAGAAAAGCGUGUCAUCUUGUCCGGGACGCCAUUCCAAAACAGCUUCCAAGAGCUGUUCAACACCCUCAAGAUCGUAAGGCCGACAGUGGCAGAAUCGUUUAUGCAGGAUCGCACAUUUGCUGAAAUUCUGCAGUCAGAUAAGAGAAGGCAAAGCUCUCGCCCUGCUUUGCUUCCCCAAGCCAUUGAUCGUGCAGUGGAGAGGCUUAAAGUCUCCAUGUCGCAGUUUGUGCACGUGUACAAGGGAACUGUCCUGCAAGAGAAUCUCCCCGGAUUAAGAGAUUGUGUCAUCCUCCUCAAACCGACUGGGUUGCAAAAGAUACUGAUCGACAAGUUGGAGGGGGAACGGUCAAGCAGAGCAAUUAAUAAUGAAUUUGGAUAUUCCUUGGUAUCUACCCAUCCUUACCUCGUCCAAAAAUGCAAGUCGCAAGUGCCAACGGAUGAAAUUGAUAUGAAAGCUGUCGAGGCAUCGAAGCUCAGUCCUGGCCAAGGAGUCAAAACAAAAUUCAUCCUCGAGUUUGUCCGCCUGUGUAUGCAUCUGGAUGAAAAAGUGCUCAUCUUCAGCCAGUAUAUUCCGCCCUUGGAGCUGAUCAAAGAAUAUCUGACCGUGAAGUUCGAUUUGCAUCUUGGGAAGGAAAUUCUGAAGCUGGACGGGAAGCUAGACAAGAAGCAACGGCAGAAAGUGAUCAAUGCAUUCAAUGAUCCAGACAAUGAUUCGAAGAUCAUGCUGGCGUCAAUAAGGUGCUGCUCUGAGGGCAUAAGCCUAGUCGGGGCUUCCAGGGUCAUUCUGCUUGAUGUCGUCUGGAACCCUUCAGUCGAGCAGCAGGCAAUCUGUCGGGCUUAUAGGAUUGGGCAAAAGAAGUUUGUCCACAGCUAUCAUCUUAUGACUGCUGGCACGGCUGAGGCAGACAAAUAUUGCCGGCAGGCUGAGAAAGAGCGGAUAUCAGAAUUGGUGUUCUGCUCUUCUUCGAACGAGAAGGCCGUAUCGAAGCAGCCCAUGGCGGGGAUUGAGGACAGGAUUCUUGAGGAGAUGGUCCAGCACGCCAUGACAGAAGAUAUGUUUGAAAAGAUCAUCCACCAGCCCAAGAAUGCCGACUUGAUCCAGUCCUUAGGCGUCAGAGCUUGACUGGAGAGUCUUCGAUUCCCGGGAGUAUAAAGGUUGAUCGCAUUGCUCGUGUUGCAUUUGAAAUGCGUAAGAGGGCCCUGGAAUGUUCGAACUCCUGACAUUGCCGGCCAGGUUUGUUUGAUGUUCUCAUACAUGUAUUUUAGAACUUAAACUAAUGAUUUUUUGGCACAACAAUGCACAUACUACGUACAUACUUACAUUGAGGACAAAGCGAAUCCACUGCUGCCAUGCUUUUGGGUGAGGAGAGAGCCGCGCAAGGAACUGAGGUAGCCGUCUUGGAUGUUCUAGAUAGAUGGAGGAUAUCGAACUGGCGACAUAUUCUCGGCCAGAAUGAAAUUAGCCGAGGGAAAGGAAAAUGGGCGAACUAGUCCAUAGAAAGCAAAGCUACCGACGGUUGAUCGCAUUGCUUGUGUUGCAUUUGAAAUGGUCAGAAAACAGCAUAAAAAUUUGAUACGGAUUUAUUUUUGGAGUUCUUCCGAAAGGCAUUAUACUAGCGGAGUUCAUGUGGACUUAUAAGUUUGAUGUGAUUCUCACAAACAAUAUAUUUCGGGAUAUCUGUUCUGAUCAAGCAUCAAAGAUUUCGGGAAGCAUUGGGAUGCUGCCACCGACAGAACCUGGGUGAAACGAGGCCUGGAAUAUUCGAACCCAUACAUGGAUCUGCUCGGUCAGGACAAAGCGAAUCCACUAGCAGCGGUGCGUAGUGCUGCCGUGCUUUUGAAGUACGGGUUGGGUGAGGAAAGAGCCACGCAAAGAACUGAGGUAGCCGUCUUGGAUGUUCUAGAGAGAGGAUCUCGCACUGGCAACAUAUUCUCGGCUGGAAUGAUUGUCUGAACUUCGGAUGGGCUACAGAAGAAGAUUGAGCCUUUGCAAUUUGGGCCUAAAUAUUAUGAAGGCCUACUUGGUUGCUAAUCCAUAUAUCAUAUAGCCUUGCUAAUGGUGAGAGAAAAUUGAACAUUGAGAGAGUGAGGGUAGGGGAUAGGUUGAGAGCUGGGAAUGAUCAAGAAAUUGUGAGAUGGAUUUUUUGAGUGUAUAGCUCGAUUGUAUCCAUAUAUCCUUGUGCUUCGAUGAUUUUGAUAGUGAAUUUUGCCUGGGUUGGAACCCUCCAGAUGUAGGUCGUUGAUGACCGAACUGGGUUAACAAUUUUUUUGUGCUUUAUAUUCUUUUCGUCACCACUAUGUGCAUUCUUAGUUCGAUCGCCCAACA